AUGCCUCCAUCCUCAGUUGACCUUUCUCCCGGAAGCCCUGGCAUUAUCCCCAUCAUCACACAAUACGCUCAUCCCCCAUCGACCAUGGCAGACCUGCGUCAGACCGAGAGCCCUAUUCAGCGCGAGGCCGAUGAUGAUUCUGGUCCUGAUACGGAUCAGGAAAACACUGUUAUUCGAGAUGAACCCAGUGAUAUGGAACUUCGCCAGAUUUUGAAGGAGCAGAAGGUGGGAAAGUUUGACUUCGACCGCGACUUCGGCAUCAUCAAGAACGAGGACGACUUCAAACAGCGGCUUCGGGAGUGGGAGACGAUGGAUGAUAAGCCCACGGAGGAUGACGAGCCCGAGCGUCGAUCCGACUUUCCGCUCGAUUUUGAGAUCCAGAGACACUACGUACGAAGAGUUGGAAAGGCGAUACUCAACAUGGAUGGUGCCACCGACAAGACAAUCAAGGAUCGAAAGCGGACCAGCAAGUCCCAGAAGCCGAGCACCAAGUACCAGGCGGAUGUUCCAGCUGACGAGGAACCUGGAGAGAAGAACUCUGUCGCUGUCACCUUUCUGAGCGGACUGAAGUCAGUCGAGGUUGAGCUGGUGAGCUGGAAGAUCGUGACCUUCUCCCGUGAUGCGCAGGAAGAUCGACUGUCGCGGGGUACAUAUGGCUCCCAGAAGACCAAAAUCAUGCAUUUUGACUCCUGGACCGAGCGGAUUGAGUUCAUCAUUCACUGUUUGGAGACAACGAAGACCAUCGCCCGCUCGAUCAUUCGAGAGGGAGACCUCAGUAUGAAGGACUUCGUCGCCUCGCCAAAGACAAAAAUGGACACCGCCAAUCGGAACAGGACGAUCAACUGUCAGAGGGCCGAGGAAAAAGAUGCCGCAAAUAAAGCAAAGGGCGCUGCUCUGAGAGAAGAGAAGCGCCAGUCCCACUCGCCCAUCGGAACACAAAACAUCCUGGCCACCACUGGCAGCCCUCAGGAUGAAAGCACACCCAAUCCUCUCGAGUCGUCCCGUACUCGACACGGCAGAGAUGGACAGGUCGAUGUGGGAUCCGGCUCUUCAACUGCAGAGAUGCAAAAGGAGCCCUCUGCGAUUCCCAGAGAGUCCCCGAUGGGAGGACGCAAGACACCGUCGGCUGCCUCCAACAACGGAUUCAGAGGCCCUCUGACUUCCAUGGGAGAGGGAGGCAAGCAGCCCACGGGUUUGUUGGUCCCUAGCCUCGUGAAGAUACCGAGCCAAGGUGGUCGAUUAGGUGCUGGCGACAAGGGCUUCCUGCAUGUGGCUCAGCCGGGCUCAGACAACUGUAACACAUCUACCACCACUCAGAACGGUCCAUCGACCCAGAACUUUCCUACCCCAACUGAUGCUUCACGGACUACGGCCUCAGAUCCGACUUCAAUCAACGCCGGAAGUAAUCGCACGGCAGCCUGGUCUCCGAGCCUCGAUCCUAUCCUUCAGCGAGCUAUCAUCAAAUGCCGCACCCGGGCCAAGCAACAGCCCGGUUCCAGCACGUCCAACGAGUUCACCUCCGAGUCGGUGAUUAAUGAGUCCCCGCCUCCCACGCUCCCUUCGCGACCUUCAUCAGGGGACAACACGGGUCCCGGCCAGAGCUCCCGUGGCCCUACCACACGCCUUUCGGCAGUUACGAGCUCGCCGCCUUCUGCUCGGAAGCCUCUGCCAUCUUCUGCUAGGAGGCCUCUGCCGUCUUCUGCCACUCAGCGUCCACAGACAUCCGGCUUUCCGUCAUUUCCCGGCGGUGCGUCCUUCCAGGGUGGCAUCUCCGGUGGCCCCAGCAUUCAACCUUCGGCCAAGAAGCGGCCGCACUCUUCAUCUCAGCUUCCGGAGGACUAUGGCCCCGGCAACCGCAGCGCCAACGCCACCAUGACUCAGAAGAGACAGAAGCGGUACCCAACCAAGGCUGGUAGUGAUCUCAACGCCUACGACAUCGAGCAAGAAGAGUACGACGAUGAUGACGAGGAGGAGGAGGAGGAGGAGUGA